ACUCUUUUCACAAAUAAAUGGCGACAAUUCUAUUCUAUUCAACCCGAAAGCGAUUCCCAAACCUCAAUCAUUCACUCUCUCUAAAUACACCACUCUCCAUUCGCAUCAUCACCACCACAAGCCCGAUACUAUGGCCACAGACGCCUCCCCGAAAUUUCGGACCGUCCCGAAAUCCCCAGAAUUCCACACCGAAAUAUCGGUUUCACCACCAACCCACGACGGCCUCGAGUUCUGGCAAUUCAUGAUCGCCGGUUCCAUCGCCGGCAUGGUCGAGCACAUGGCUAUGUUCCCAGUUGACACACUAAAAACUCGGAUGCAAGCCAUUGGUGCCGGUGGGUCAUUUCCGGUUCAACAUAUCGGAGUCCGACAAGCUCUCGGCUCCAUUUUGAAGCUCGAAGGCCUUGCCGGACUCUACCGGGGUAUCGGGGCAAUGGGUCUCGGUGCAGGACCGGCACACGCAGUGUAUUUUUCGGUUUACGAGUGGUGCAAAGAGGUGUUAUCGGAUGAGAAUCGGAAUAACUCGGCUGCACAUGCAGUUUCGGGUGUUUUCGCCACUGUUGCUAGUGAUGCUGUGAUCACACCAAUGGAUGUGGUGAAGCAGAGGUUACAGCUAAAGAGUAGUCCUUAUAAGGGUGUGGUUGAUUGUGUGAAGAGGGUGUUGACGGAGGAAGGUUUUGGAGCUUUCUACGCGUCGUACCGGACUACGGUGGUGAUGAACGCGCCGUUUACGGCGGUUCAUUUCGCGACGUAUGAGGCGGCGAAAAAAGGGUUGGUGGAGAUUUCGCCGGAAAGUGCUGAAGAUGAGAGGUUGGUAGUUCAUGCCACGGCAGGUGCUGCUGCUGGAGCUUUGGCUGCUGCUGUUACAACCCCACUUGAUGUUGUCAAAACUCAGUUGCAGUGCCAGGGCGUCUGUGGUUGUGAUAGAUUUUCUAAUUGUUCGAUUAGGGAUGUUAUAAACAGCAUUGUUAGAAAGGAUGGAUAUCAUGGGCUUAUGAGAGGUUGGGUCCCCAGGAUGCUCUUCCAUGCACCUGCUGCUGCAAUCUGCUGGUCUACUUAUGAAGCAUCAAAAAGCUUUUUUCAACAACCCAAUAAGUACUAAUUAUGUGGGUGGGGGGGCAAAAUCACUGUAAUAUCUGCAGACAGCUCUAUUAGGUGAUUACCUGAAAGAAAUUGCUCCACCUGUAUAUAGCUACUGUAUUUUGACUUGCACAUAAGCAUAAAAGUAUACUGGUGCAUAGAACUCCCACUUUUACGGGUCUCAAGAGGCGAUUGAGUUACACAUCAUCAAUUCCUCAAACCCAGCUACUGUUCAUAUUGGUGGUGCUGGUAUUCACAAAAGGGAUUGGUUACAUAUGAAUAUAUAUGCUACAGAUGGUUGAGCCCAGAUCAAACACUUUUUACUGUAUUUUCCAAUUGUGUAUUUGGCUCUUUGCCAUCAGAUGUGGAACUUCUAAACCAUAUUGCCCCAGUGAUGCCGUUAAUUUUGGAGGUUGACAUGUUGUUGGGUCAUACUGGGUGUAGAAUUUUAUCAUGUACUUUUUAAUUCUACCUGGAAUUUUAUGAAUGUAGAAAGUUCCACUGUUUUUAAUUCUA